GCUCCGCUGGCGAGCCGGGCCUGAGGCAGCCCAGAGCCUUGACGGACGGCGGACGGUCUGGGGUCGGCCCGGCGCCGAGCCGAGCACCGCGACCAGCCUCACGCACCCCGGCGCCAGCCCCGGCGCGGUCUCGGUCCCCGCCACCAGGAGCACCGUCCUCGGGCGGCCGCGGGGCCGCGGGGAGGGAGGCCGCCGAGCCCCCCGCCCCUGCUGCAAGGCGGCCCCGGGGGGGCACGGAGCCCCCGGCCGUCCCAGCGCCGCCAUGGACGCCGAGGUGGCCGAGCCGCUGCAGCAGCAGCUCUACGGGGGCCAAGGGGACGAAGAGGAGGAGGAGGAGCUGGACUUCUACGACUUCGAGCCGCUGCCCGCCCUGCUGGAGGACGAGGAGAACGUGUCGCUCGCCGACAUCCUGUCCCUGCGGGACAGCUGCCUCACGGAGCAGGACAUUUGGGCCGUGUGCUUGGAGUGCAGCCGUUCCCUGAGGAGCAUCGCCCACUCUGCCAUCUUCCAGACACUGUGCAUCACCCCGGACACGCUGGCCUUUAACACCAAUGGCAACGUGUGCUUCAUGGAACAGCUCAGCGAUGAUCCUGAAGGUGCCUUCGUUCCUCCAGAGUUCGACAUAACAGGAAAUACUUUUGAGGCCCACAUCUACUCUCUGGGGGCGACCCUGAAAGCUGCCAUUGAGUAUGUGAUAGAGCCUGAGCUAGAGCCAAAGUUCUGUAAGGACCUGGAGACCCUCCUGGACCAGAUGCAGGAGGAGAGUCCCGGUAGCAGGCCCGACAUUGAGAGCAUCAUCGCCCUGUGUGAGGGGAAGGUGCAGGCGGCCUCCUCCUGUCAGAUCUGCCGAGACCUGUCCGCCGUCGGGAGAAGAGUGCUUUCCAUCGAGUCCUUCGGGACUUUUCAAGAUGUGAAUGAGAACAUGUGGAGGGGGAGGACGGGCCCCAGGACCCAGCUGGAGGAGAAGCGCUCGGAGGGGGACGCCCCUGCCGGAGCAGACCCGCAGGGUGGGGACGGCGGCUCCACGGCCCAGAGAAGCCUGCCUCCGAGGCCUCUGGCCGGCGACAAAGAUGACCGAGAGAGCUUCUCGAAGGAAAAGCUGGCCAGCUUCUUCCUGGACUCGGGCUACUCCCACAGUGACCCGGACAGGGGGCUCCUGAAGAAAAGCCGCCUGAGAAAAAUCCAGACGUUUCCGCGCCUCCUCAUGGAGGCCCCCGAGUCCAACAACUUCUGCGUGUCCUUGACCGCCGGGGGGUCUCUGACCAGGAAGACUCAGCCCCCUGCCUCGGAAUUCUUUCCUCCAGACUACAGGAAGAUCUUCCCAGAGGGGAAAAAUGGCUCUUUCCCCAUCAAGGCCCAAGCCAAGCACCGACUUAGGUCCGAGCGCUUGGCCGACCCCCCUGGGGAGAGGUCCCGGUCUCCCCCGCGGGAGCGAGCCACCGGCGCUCGAGGAGGUGGCGAGGGGUGCGACGGCGGCAGUGGAGGCCACGGGGAGAAGCGGGCUCGGCCUGGGCCUAGAGAAGCGGCUCCUGAUGGCACAGAAACACCGGCCAACGCGGAGGCUCCUGAAGGACCCAGCAGAAACGCGCCGCAGGAUCCGAACUUAAGGAUGAAUCCUGGGGCAGAACGGGCCUCCCCAGAGAACACAGGCCCCCCAGGGAACACGGGCCCCCCGGAGAACGCGGGGAUGGCGGGCAGUCAGGAAGAACACAGCCCGGGAGGCGGAGCGCUGGAUGGUGCCGGUGGUGAGCAGUGGGUCUCUCUGCAGGAGCUCCUGUGCAGGCUGGGGAGGCCCUUUGGGGAGUACGAGCUGUGGGCGCUGUGCCGAGAAGCUUUGUUCACCCUUCAGAGCUACAUAGAGUACCCAGCCUAUCUGUGCCUGGACUCGGUGCUGGUGGACUCGGAAGGAAACGUUCUCUUCGGGGCUUCCAGAGACGCGGGCUCUUAUAACCCGUUCUAUGUGGCUCCCGAAGUGGAACGACAGAAGCCGGUCACAGAAAAGGCCUCUGUUUACUGUGUGGCCGCCAUCCUGUGGACCGCGGCCAAGUUUAACUUGGCUCCCAACCAGAAGCUGGCCCUGCCUCGGAAGCUCAAGGCUCUGCUGCUGGACAUGGCGCGGAGCAGCGCCGCCGAGAGGCCGUCCGUGGCCCAGGCCAUGAAGGUGUGCAGCGUCUACCUGCACCAGCGAGGGAUGGACAGCAAGAAGAUCCUGGCCCACCUGAGCACGUCCCCCCUGCAGGUUUACCAGGAAGAAGAAUCCAUCGGCUUGCAGAAUGCCCUGAGCGGUGUGACCCUCGGGGCUAAAGGUGGCACAGAGGGCACGGAAGAGGCUGGGCCAGGGUUUGUCCCCCUGAUUCAGGACAGCGAGCUGGUGGCUGUGAAGGACCCACUGUCUACAGGCAGAGGAGGGCCGGCCUUGCCCCCUGCGUUUACCUCUUUGGCCACUCACUUUAAACCCAUCGUUUUGGCACAAGAGGCUGAAGUGACCGAGGACGGCCGUACACCCCGCUCUGAUCGGGGCGAUCGGCUCGAGGAUCCGGGUCUCACCCCAGGCGCUGCAGAUGGUGCUGAAAGCGAAGAGACUGAGGAGCAGACGGCCCCUCUGGGAGCGCCCACGCCACCCCCGGGCAGCCCAGCCCAGCCCCGGCCCCCAGGAGGCCGAGAGGAGAGCGAGCCGCCCGCCCCACGGGGCCCUGCCGAGGCCUCCGGGCCCUCUGCCUCCCCCCAGAAGAGCAGCCUCCUUCCUGCCCAGGCUCUGGAGGCCAGAGCAGACGCGCCGGAGGAGCCUCGAGGCCCGGGCCUUCCUGGCGACAGCGACCUCAAGGGCCAUGUCACCUGUGGCCCUCCUUGCAGCCGGGGACCCCCGGAGGCCCCGGGCCCGGGGCCCAAGAUGGCGGGCAGCCGCAGGGAGGCACCGAGUCAGCCCCUGCAGAGGAGCAUCCUCAAAAGUCAAGGAGGGGAGAAAGAACCCGGCAGCUCGGGCCCCGCCUUGGACCCAGCAAAGCCCCCCACGGACCCGGCAAAGCCCCCCACGGACCCGGCAAAGCCGGCGGAUCGGAGGCCUCCGUCUCACUCGGAAGCCUCUGGGCAGAGGAGGACCAUCGGGCCGUCCCUGCAGCGCGUCAUGAGCCUCAUCCAAGAAGAGUUCGCCUUCGACGGCUACCUGGAGAACGGGCUGGAAGCCCUGAUCAUGGGAGAAUACAUCUUCGCCCUGAAAGACCUCACCUAUGCCACCUUCUGCAGCGCCAUUUCCGAGAAGUUCUGUGACCUCUACUGGGACGAGAAGCUGCUGCACAAUCUCUUCAAGGUCGUCAACGGGAAGACGUCCCCGCCGGGGGGUGACAAGGAAACCAAUGGCUCUGAGUGGGAGGAUCAGGGCCAUGACGGACAGGAGCCAGUCAGCGGGCCAGCGGGCGGGAGACAAAGCAAGUACGAAGCAGGAAAACUGAGGCCGAGGGUCCCCCGCACCCCGGGGGCCGCCCCCUCUCCAACCUCGCUCUCGGAAAUGGACGCGAACGAGCUGUCCCAAAGCAACUUCGAGGUGGGCUUCCGGCCGCAGAAGCCGCCCAACGGGGGGAGCCAGGAGUGCUCCGCGGAGGACAGCUGCCUCCGGGAGGGCCCGGGAGGGGAGGGCCCGGCCCUGGGGGCCAGGAACAUCGCCCCCUCCCCCUGCCCCGCCGAGUUCCGCAGCUGUAGCCCCGGCUGGUGCAGCGCCUUCUACGAAGCCGACUGCUUCGGGCCUGACGUUCACACCUACGUGAAGAAGCUGGGGCGGCCGAAGGACGAUGGGCCCCAGAACGCGGACGCCCCAAAUCUGACCCCCCUGGAGGAGCACGAGUGUAACCAGGAGCUGGAGCAGCAGCUGAUGAUGGAGAAAAGAAACUACCGCAAGACCCUCAAGUUCCGCCAGAAGCUGCUCCAGAAGGAGAAAAGGAGCCGAGGGUCCGACGUUAAAACCAUGUUGUCCAAAUUGAAAGGACAGCUGGAGGAGACGAAGGCCAAGGUGCAGUUCCUUGAGCUGGUCAGGAAGUACCUGCAGGUAGCUUACGCGGAGCAGUGGGGCUUGCAGCCCUGGGCCCUGCCGGUCAUCGUGAACAUCUCGGCGGCCGGGGGCGACACCCUGGACUUCAGCCCCCUAGACGAGUCCUCCUCGCUCAUCUUCUACAACGUGAACAAACACCAGGGCAACAACAAGCAGAAGAGGUCUCGGAUCCUCCAGGCUGGGACGCCGCUGGGGCUCAUGGCCUAUCUCUACUCCAGUGACGCUUUCCUGGAAGGUUAUGUCCAGCAGUUCCUCUACACCUUCCGGUACUUUUGCACCCCCGAAGAUUUCCUGCAGUUCCUCCUGGACAGAAUCAACAGCACUUUGUCCCGAGCCAACCACGACCCCACCUCCACCUUCACCAAAAUCUAUAACCGCAGUUUCUGCAUCCUCCAGGCCUGGAUUGAAGACUGCUACACCAUUGACUUUACCAGGAACUCUGGGCUCCUGGAAAAGUUGGAAGAGUUCAUCUCUUCCAAGGUCACUCCCCUGGACGGCUACGGGGAGCACCUGCGCUCCUUUCUUGAAGUAGCCACAGAUGGGAAGUGUGAGGGACCCUCCCGCCUCGGGGACUUGGAGGAUGAGAAGGAGGCCGACGAGGACACGCGGUCCCUGAACGCGCUCUGCAAGAAGCUCUCGGAGGAGAACCUCUCUCGGAAGGGUUUUAACUGGAAGCUCCCACGGGGCAACGGCUUCAUCCUGCCCCACCACAAAGAGCGGCCGUACACCAUCGCCUCAGCGCUCCCCAAGCCCUGCUUCCUGGAGGAGUUCUGCGGGGCCUACGGCAAGGGCAGCGAGAAGGGGCCCUACUUCCUCACCGAGUACAGCACCCACCAGCUCUUCAGCCAGCUGACCCUGAUGCAGCAGGAGAUGUUCCAGAAGUGCCAUCCAGUCCACUUCCUGAACUCGAGAGCCCUCGGUGUCCUGGACAAAAGCACAGCCAUGCCCAAAUGCGCCUCCUCAGAGUCCCUGUCCUCCAAGGCGGGCAGCCUGUUCCUGCCCAGUUACGUCCAGGACAAGUACCUGCUGCAGCUCCUGAGGAACGCCGACAACAUCAGCACCUGGGUCGCCGCCGAGAUCGUGACGAGUCACACUUCCAAGCUGCAGGUGAACCUCCUCUCCAAGUUCCUGCUGGUGGCCAAGGCCUCUUACGAGCAAAGGAAUUUUUCCACGGCCAUGCAGAUCCUGGGGGGCCUGGAGCAUCUCCUGGUGAGGCAGCUGCCGGCCUGGAAAAUCCUCCCAGCGAAGAUCGCAGAAAUCAUGGAGGAACUCAAAGCCGUGGAGGUGUUCCUCAAGAGCGACAGCGUGUGUCUGAUGGAAGGCCGCAGGUUCCGGACUCAGCCCACCAUCCCCUCUGCCCACCUGCUGGCCAUGCACAUCCAGCAGCUGGAGACCGGGGGCUUCACCAUGACCAACGGGGCCCACAAAUGGAGCAAGCUCAGGAACAUCGCCAAGGUGGUGAGCCAGGUGCACGCGUUCCAGGAGAACCCGUACCCGUUUGCGGCGGACCACAAGCUGCAGUCGUACCUCAGGCAGAGGAUCGCCCGCUUCAGCGGGGCCGACAUCUCCCUGCUGGCCGCCGACUGUCGGGCCAACUUCCACCAGGUCCCUGGGGAAAAGCAUUCCCGGAAGAUCCAGGACACGCUGCGCCGCAUGAAGGCCACGUUUCAGUAGCCGCAGCUCGGCCGGCCGUGCCGGACAUCGGGCCGGGGGGCAGGAAGGACUGUCCCUGGUCGCCCGUCUCCCCUGCCCCUGAGCUGUCUGUC